GCCUGCGCUGCCCAGCGAGGUGAGGGAUGGGGUAUGGAGCAGGGUACUCAACUACGCUAAUCAUGUGGGCUGCGAAAAUAUCUGGAUCGACCGCGAAUGCAUUGAUCAACAAGACGGAGCAGCACAGGAAGAAGCAAUCCAAAGCAUGCACCUAGUGUAUAGCCUAAGCAAAUGGCCAAUUGCUCUCCUUACAUGCACAAUUGAAACCGAGGAAGAACUUGAUCUCCUUGCGAAUUUGCUAGACGGCGAGGUGGAUUCCGAAGAUGAAGAAGCCGUACUAGCUCUUCUAAGCAAAAUCACGUCCAAUUACUGGUGGACAAGGGCCUGGCCAUUCCAGGAAGAUUAUAAAGCGUCCAUCUAUAUGACACUUUUGAUCCCACACCACCGUGAUCUAGAAAGGCGUAAGCGGGAUGCGAUAGACGACCAGGAGCGGCUUCUACUAGGGAAAAUUCAAGGCGAGAUUGCUAUCGAAUCCGCACUCUUCAGGAGACGGGCUACAGAAUUCUGCCUUGAGUAUCGGAAAAGGUCGAAGGACAAAAUUAUUUGCGACAGGAUACUCAGGACGGCCCCAAAAUAUAACGUUCUCCUCAAAGAGGAAUCUCCGCCGCCUGGUUUUGGAUCUAUAUCGCGUUCUAUGUCACCAACAAUUCUCUCGGAUAUAGUCUCGCGUGACAUCGGAAAAGAAUCGGAUCGCCUCGCUAUAAUGGCUAACUGUUGUGGAUAUAACACACGGCUCGACACGAAUUCUCUCAACAACGACAGCAGCAGCUUAAGUCUUUCGAUUCUUGCCUUGUAUCUUUUGAACGGCGAGAUAAUAGAAAACGAUCCAAAGCAACCUAGUCAAGGAACACUCGGCGAUAACAUCCACGAAUACUUGUCUAAACAAUCCCUCAGCAGCUUCAGGCCUCCAGUUGACGAAGGCCUUACUUUCAUUAAGAGCUGCCGCUUUGUCAAUCCCGUAUUGACUUUAGAAGGGACGCAAACGACUGGCCACCUCUGGAAAUUGGGCAAGGUCAUACGCUGCAAACCCCUAAAACUGCAGAAAUACAACAGGGUACCACCACUGGAACAGCUUGCAACCGAUUUACAGUUCAGAACAUUUGGAAAAUCGUAUCCGGAGAUGGCAGUUCGUCUCAUUUAUUGGGCCCGUGACGAUUCUUCCCCGUAUCGCAGCAAUCACCGUUCUCGUCGUUGGAGAUGGCACGUGCGAAUGACUAACAAAAUCGAGGAAGCCCUCCUGGAAGGGAAGGCCAUUCGGUUAGGAUGUCUUGUACAUCCUAGGCAAGGGGCGAAGGACAUACCUUACACCGCGAUCUUCGUGGGCGACGGCAAGGAUGAUUGGGAAGACGAGACCGUGGAAAGAUACGCUUUCACCUCCUCGCGGCCCGCCAAAUUCAAUUCAUUGGUGGAGAUCGACAAACACGUGUCGCUAGAAGUCGCCGUCGAAUGGCCGAAACAGGACGCAUCCGAAAAACCAGUUUCCUCACUCCCGAAACUCUACAUCAAACGCUGGCUCAACGGACUCUGCCUCGACGGGCUCAGUAUCUUCGAGGAAUCACCAUCCCGGCCCGUCUUGUUCCCCUGGCCCCGCGCUCUUAUGGAGAAGACGUCUAAACCUACAGUUGACUAAGGAAUAUAUGAGAGAUGAAUGUUGAACGAGAGAAAUGUCUGGAAGUGGUAAUCUGGGGCAGUGGAAUACGAGGACAUGCGGACGAAUCAUCGGAAUCGGUGUUCUUGGCGAGCAUUGCAUUUUAUUAUGUGUAUAUAAGUCAUAUGGGAAGGGGAAUUCACAGAACAUAAAGAAUAAUAUGAAAUGAAGAUAUACAACCCAGAAAGGUUAUUCUCCAAAGAUAUCGUCUCGUAUAUGAACAUUAAGCCAAAAGCUUGGAUUCCCAAAUCCCUUAGCUAAUACAUGAUGAGAUAAGCCAUUAUUAUACACUGUGUUGGGUCUAGGCCAAAACUGAG